UGUCGGUAGGAGCAGCGGCAGCGCACGCUGCACUGGAUCCUACCCGAACGAGAAGUCAAUGAGCCCAGAAGAAGUUACGUCCAUUGACAAGAGAAUAAAAGAACUUCUGGAGAUUAUGCAGAGCAGCUGGGAAUCUAGGCAGGAAUUUCUCCAUCGUAAGCAGAAGAAACUGGAAAGCAGGAUUGAGCAAGUGCAGCAGAUGGCUAGGGCGUGUGGUGCAAGUGAACAAACCGAUUUGUGGCCAUAUGUGAUGGAUAUCGCCUGUUCCAAAAGUGCGACCAAGUUCUUCAUGGCGUCCGACCCGGCUGGAAGGUUGAAACUCGUUAAGCACUAUGCCGAGUUCGAGGAUUUUGGUGGAUCACAGCCACGUGGCAUCCGACGCAAACCACUCCUAAAGAGGGAUGCAGAACUUGAUGAGGUUGUUUCUGAAGAUGAAUGGGAGGACCAAUUUUUUAAACUGGUCCUAGAUAAAAUUAACAAUGCAGUUGGUUUCAGCCACGGUACUUCAUGUAGGGAAGUACCACCUGGUGGACCGGUCCGGUUACCUUACUCAAAAGGGAAGCAAGUAUCAUCUUCAAGACCUCCAAAACGCAGCAAAAGCACAUCGUAGAAAGGAGAUAUUCAACUAUGCUCAUUCGUAAUCGCAUAGAAAUGUCAUCGAAAGGGCCUGCCACCAUGUUUUUCUGCGCCUACUAUUGCCCUUGGGCUAAUGAAUAAGUCUUGACAAA